AUGGCCACGUUACACUGCAAUUCUCUUAUUCUCAACAAAAUCUCUCACCCCAUUAGAAGAACACACUCUUUCAACCCUGUUUUCUCCUCUCCAGCUUUUAUCCAAAAUCUUUCCACUGGAUUAAACCCCAAAUUUUCCAAAUUGGGUUGUAACGUUUCUCCUGACAACACACUUGUAUCCAAUUUCUCUGUAACGGAUUCCUAUAAACUCACAUAUUUAGAGGGAAAUAGUUGGCUGUGGAAUGUGGGUGGACCAAAUAUAUUGGUUGAUCCAAUUUUGGUCGGUAACUUGGAUUUUGGAAUUCCUUGGCUAUAUGAUGCUUCUAAGAAAUUCUUAAACAACUUCCAGCUCAGUGAUCUACCUGAAAUUGAUUGCUUACUCAUUACUCAAAGCCUUGAUGAUCACUGCCAUUUGAAGACCCUAAACCCUUUUUCUCAGAAAUUUCCAAAUACUAAAGUUAUAUCAACUCCUAAUGCCAAGACCUUACUCGACCCUCUUUUCAGAAAUGUUACAUAUAUAGAACCUGGACAAAGCUCUGAAAUUGAAACAAAAGAUGGUUCUAAGAUUACGAUCAAGGCUACAGCAGGACCAGUUCUUGGACCACCUUGGCAACGUCCUGAAAAUGGGUAUCUUGUUACAUCUCCACUGGUGCAAUUGUCUCUCUACUAUGAACCUCACUGUGUGUAUAAUCAUCGGUUCAUUGAAAAGGAAAGAGCAGAUAUUGUGAUCACACCGGUCGUAAAACAGUUAUUGCCCAAUUUUACAUUGGUUUCAGGACAAGAAGAUGCAGUGAAACUUGCAAAGCUUCUUCAAGCCAAAUUCGUUGUGGCAAUGAAAAAUGGGGAUUUAGAUAGCAAAGGGCCUCUUGCAAGCAUAAUUCAGUCAGAAGGAACAAUAGAAUCAUUCAAGGAGCUUCUAUCAAAAGAAUUACCAGGUGUGGAGGUUGUAGAGCCCAUCCCAGGUAUUCCAGUUGAAAUUCCCGCAAAUUAA